AUGGCUCUACCUUCUUCGUCGUGGUCAGAGUUUCUUCCGGAGCUUCUCAACACUGUAUUCCACAACCUAAACGACGCCAGAGACAUUCUAAACUGUGCCACGGUCUGUUCUUCUUGGAAGGAUUCUUCUUCGGCCGUAUACUACAGCCGGACGUUUUCUCCUUUUCUGUUUAUUUCCCAUCUCUCUUCCAAUGAAGAAAUCCGAUUCUCCGACCAGUUUAGAGUUUUGUCUCCGGGAAAGUUGGGUUUCUCAGGGAACCAACAAGCGUGGGUUUGUGGCAGUACACUAGGGUUUUUGUUGACGAAACCCGUUACCAAAAGCGUUACUUCUCUGCCUCCUUUGAUAUCUUUUGAGGAUGUUCAGCGGUUGCUUCAGUCUCAAGCCAUCAUUCCAGACUCUGAAGCCCUAAAGAACUUUAUAAAGAAAGCAGUCUCUUCAACGAGUCUAUUAGACGAUGAAUGGGUUGUGCUCGUAAUCUACAACACUGAUAGGAAGCUAGCGUUCUGCAGACGCGGAGAUAAACAAUGGACGGAUUUGGAGUCUGUUGCCUCUUCUGUCGAUGACAUUGUGUUCUGCAAUGGCGUCUUCUUUGCCAUCGACAGACUCGGAGAGAUAUAUCACUGUGAGCUUAGUGCUAACAACCCAAAAGCUACUCCUUUAUGCAGCACCUCGCCGUUUCGGUACGACUCUUGCAAGAAAUACUUGGCAGAGUCGGAUUACGACGAACUGUGGGUGGUCCUAAAGAAGCUGGAGCUUAACGACGAUUGUGAUUUCGAAACCUCUUUCGAGAUUUACGAAUUCAAUCGCGAGACUAACGAAUGGACAAAGGUGAUGAGCUUGAGAGGAAAAGCUUUGUUCUUGAGCCCUCAAGGUAGAUGUAUAGCUGUUUUAGCAGGUGAGAGAGGAUUUUUCAAAGACAACUCAGUUUAUUUCAUUGAUGGUGAUGAUCCAAGUGUAGGAGGAUCAGGGCCUCAGAAUCUGAGCGUUUUUGAAUGGGAGAGUAAGCAAAUCAUGAAAAUUUACCAGCCAAGAUCUUGGAAUUGUCAGAUGUUUUGGGUCACACCAACAGACGUUCCUCAGUGAUGAAUGACUGAUGCAUUGUAGAAUUUGUAGUUUGCAUAGUAUAGGUUUUGUAUUUCAAAUUUCAAUUCUUUGA